UGGCAACUCAGUAGGUUCUACCAUGGCUGUGUGAGGUGAUGAUGCUCGUGCUCACCGAUAUAUUGGUGAUUUGCCCUCUCAGGGAAGGCUAAUAAUGUCGAGACUUGCGGAUUAUUUUGCCAUCGUUGGAUACGACCACAAAAAAGACCGCAAUGGAAUUGGCUGCGGAAAAAUCAUCCAACGGUUCCCUGAGCGGGACUGGCCAGACACCCCAUUUAUCGAGGGCCUGGAGCUGUUCUGUCAACCACAAGGGUGGGCGCUGUCGACGGAUCGUCAGGAACCUAAGUUUUUCGUCUCAGUGCUGACAGACAUAGAUGCUAAUCGCCACUACUGUGCAGUUCUCUGCUUCAAUGAGGCUGUCUCCAUCACCCCAAGUAAACCCACUGAUGAGGAGGAUGACGCCUUGGAGCUGGGCAGUGGGGGCGUACGGGGGAUGGGUCCACCAGUGCCCAUCAUCACGCAUCACUCCAUCAUGUAUGCACCAAAGUGCCUGGUCCUCAUUUCCACGCUCGACUACUUUGAAACCUUUAGAAAUUGCAUGGGGAUUGUGUACACUGUGUAUAUGGAAGGACUGGGAGUAAGCAUGGAGACACUCAUUGGCAAUAUGGUGGGUUAUGUCCAAGUGCCACCACCUGGAGGACCGCAGGUUCGGUUCAGCAUUGGUGCCGGUGACAGACAAGCUCUACAGCCCCCAGCCUCGCCGACCCUCCCAGUCACCAUCACCACCGUCCUUAGUCUCUUCAAUCAGUUAGGUAUCAAGAAUGUUUUGGUGCUUUUCUGCGCGGCCCUAACUGAGCACAAGAUUCUUUUUCACAGUCAGUCUUACUGCAGACUCACAGAAUCAUGUCAUGCUCUCAAGGCCCUUCUUUACCCUUUCAAGUACUCCCACGUCUACAUUCCAAUUCUUCCUGCCUCACUAGUUGAAGUUCUCUCAACUCCAACACCCUUCAUAAUGGGUGUCCAUUCUGCUCUCCAACAUGACAUUGCUGAACUGAUGGAUGUCAUUGUAGCAGACCUGGAUGGAGGGUCAAUCCGUGUGCCGGAAAGCUUGGCCGUCUCUCUUCUCCCAGAGCCUUUCUGGUCCCAAACUCAUACUGCUCUCUCAAGGGUACUGCACCCAGAUCUCAACUCUGCAGACAACGCCUUCCCAUCCAGUAGUGGCAUCAGAGCUUCCCCGCACGUUAUGAUCGACAAGGAAAUUAGAGCGGUGUUUAUGCGGAUGUUUGCCGAGUUGCUGCAAGGCUACCGGUCAUGUCUCACCCUCAUCAGGAUACACUCUAAACCUGUUAUAACGUUCCAUAAGGCAUCCUUUCUUGGAAACAGAGGGAUGGUGGACAAUGAAUUUGUGGGGAAAGUGUUGGACUGCAUGUUCUUCACCACUUUUGUAACGGAGAGAGGACCUCCAUGGCGUGUUUGUGAUCUAUGGGAUGAUCUCUAUUCGGGUAUUGGGGACCAAUUACGCCUGGAGCAACAUGAUAGUCGAAUGCUUCUAGUCCAUAUUCAGGAACUUGCUCAGCAACUGUAUAGCAAUGAGAACCCUAACCCACAGCCUUUUGUUGCAAAGAUUCCAAAACCCACUGAGGGCUCAUUUACUCGUAUCCAUCAACCUGUCUUCCCACACAUAGAUGCCCAGAAGGUUCAGAGCAUCAUUGAUGAAGGCACAGCUAAGAAAGUGAAGAUCCCACAGAAAGCUGGUCAGCCCAGAAUUGUGCCCAUGGGCCCCCACAUCUCUAGUCUCCAGUCUGGUAGAGGCCUGGUAUCUAGUUCAGCAAGAAGAUUAGAAGUAAUGAGAAAUUGUGUAAACUGCAUAUUUGAAAACAAAAUCAGUGAUGCAAGAAAAACUUUCCCUGCUGUCUUACGGGCUCUAAAGAGUAAAGCUGCACGUCUAGCCCUGUGCACUGAGCUGAGUCACCAUGUACUGGGCAACAAGGCUGUGCUCGAACACCAGCAGUUUGACCUGGUUGUUCGUCUCAUGAAUUGUGCGCUGCAGGAUGAUUCCCCAGUCGAUGAACAUGGCGUAGCUGCGGCUCUUCUUCCUCUCUCCACUGCCUUUUGCCGCAAGUUAUGCACGGGAGUGAUCCAGUUUGCAUACACUUGCAUACAGGAUCACAGUGUCUGGGGUAACCAGCAGUUUUGGGAAGCAUCAUUUUACCAGGAUGUCCAGAAAGAAAUCAAGUCUCUCUAUCAAGAUCGGUCACAGCAACCUAGCAGGACCUCCAUCUCCUCUGACUCAUCCUGUAUAAAGGAGUCAUCACUUAGUCCUGUCAACCCAAGAGAUCCCUCAGAUACAGGUUCUUGGAAAGAAGGAAGACUAUCGUACCUGAGACCUCAUGAACCGUCAGCACUGGAGAUCGCAGCAGAACAGAUGAGGCUUUGGAUUAAUAUAGAACUAAAAAGACAACGAGAAUUAGUUGAACAAGAGGAAUCUACGUUAUACUCACAAGCUAUCCACUAUGCAAAUAGAAUGGUGUUCCUUCGAAUACCUCUGGAUGUAAAUGCAGCUGUCCAUAGAAGAACCUACAAUGAUCGAGACAAUGCCAGUAACAGCAUAACAAACAGUAUGGCAGAAAGUGAUAGUCUAGAUGCUGAGUCAGGAUUUGAGGACCAAGAGCAGAGUGACAGGGAAGCAAGUGUUGUGCGUUUUGUUUCCAGAUUUGUUGACAAAGUAUGUACGGAAGGAAGUGUUACAGAGGAACACAUAAAGUCGCUGCAUCAGAUGAUCCCAGGGGUGGUCGCUAUGCAUGUGGAGAUGUUGGAUGCGGUGUACAAAGAGUCAAAGCGCUUGCCACCAAUACAGAAGCCUAAGAUCUUGUUGCCAUCACUUAUACCUGGAGAAGAAGUAAUGUAUGAGGGCCUGCGGGUUUACUUGUUGCCGGAUGGCCGAGAGGAAUCUACCGGGGGUCAUGUUGGUGGUCCUAUGUUGCUACCUGCUGAAGGAGCGCUGUUCCUCACCAAUUACAGACUCAUUUUCAAGGGUCUCCCCACUGAUCCUUACGCGUGUGAACAAGUAGUUGUGCGCUCUAUGCCUGUGUCAUCCAUUACAAGAGAAAAGCGAGUGCCAGCUAAUCAACAUCCCGGCCCCAUGGAUCAAUGGCUUAAUGAAGGCCUCCAGAUACGAUCCAACACCUUCCAGCUCAUUAAAGUGGCAUUUGACGAGGAAGUUCCACAAGAGAGUAUUGAAACAAUGCGGAAAUUAAUCAGUCGUUUACGGCACCCACCAACCAUCAACCACCUGUUUGCUUUUGUGGGCCAGAGUCAUAUACCUCAGACACCCAGUAGACAACAGAAAGACAAGACUGGUUAUGGUACACUUAGAUCCCGUACAAUGAGGUUUGAUAAUGUAGGUUUUGCCAAGAAAACUCUACUGAAAACUGCCAAGGCUGCGGGUCUAAAGCCAAAUAAGGGAGGCAAGCGGCACAAGUAUGUUUUUCCCAGUAAUAACAAGUCAAUGACAUCGCCUGGACGCAUGAGUCUAGCCCAGAUGGCCAACAUGGACUUGAGCAAUGAAGAUUUGCCUCAUGAUGAUGAUUUGUCAAGCUCGAGUGCUCGAUAUGGCUUCCUAGGUACAAGUAACAAAGGCCAGUGUAAGCUGCUGCGUGUAACGUCGCCCGUCAGCCGCAGUUCCGAGGAAUUGGACUGUGGAGGGAGACUCUCGCCCAUCGUAGAUGAGCUUGAGGCAUCUGUCUUGAGUAACGGGUCAACAGGGCAGCUCUCAGUUGCAGGAGGAUUGGUAGGGAUCCGUGAAGUGGAUAAUAAAACAUUGGAAAAACUGUCUGAACGCAGCUACCAUAAGGACUACAUGCGUCUUGGUCUCGGUAAUCUUGGAAGUAAUGCUACCACUAUUCCAUCAAGAAUUAAGUCUGAUUUUAGAAUUACUUCGUGUAAUACUAGUUACCAGAUGUGCAGAAGCUAUCCAGCCCUGCUCUCUGUGCCGUCCAUUACGGGUGAUGAGAGCCUUCACCGCCUUGCUCGCUGUUACCGCCACAGCCGCUUGCCAGUCAUCACCUGGCGACAUACCCGUACGAAAGCUUUGCUUCUGAGAGGUGCUGGUUUUCAUGGAAAGGGUGUAAUGAGUAUGCUCAAAGGACCUCCCACAACCACAGGCAACACAAGUGAAGUGUCAUUCUCACUUGAGCAGGAGAAAUUUUUAGCAGCAGUGGUUCAGUCAACACCUGUGUCUGUCCUUCGGGAUGGUUCCUCUUGGCGACUGACAGACUCGUCCCUUUCUAUAAACUCCCUGGUGCUGGCUGCAGGGGGAGCAACCCUAGAAGUUCCUCCAUAUCAUCCUACAUACCCAACACUCACACCUGAAGUUGGCAGAAAAACAAAUCCUCUUUCGAAGGCCAUGAACACAUUACGGACAAGCGGGGGCAAGGGUACUGGCAGGAUGGGGCGGUGGGGCUCCAUGCGUGGGUCACGACCAGGUGUGCUGUCCGGUGGUGGUGCUGGAGGGACCUUUGGGACCCUCCGCCACUACCCUACAACCACCCCUGCCCUUCGUUCCAGCAUCAGCACGGGGCCAAGACUCUCUGUUGACUCCUCCGACACCGGCUCUGAAGCGGUACAAUCCUUCCACAAGGCUGCUCUCUAUGUUUUUGGUGAAAAGACUCAAAUUAAGGGCAUCAAGACAGAUGCUUACCAUAAAACCGAGUUCAUCCCAGUGGACUACACAGAGGUACGACAAAUUAAAUCAUCAUUCAAGAAGCUGAUGAGAGCCUGUAUACCUUCCUCCCCAGCUGCAGAGCAGGAGCAGUCCUUCUUCAGAUCAAUUGAGAGCAGCGAGUGGCUGAACCAGCUAGAAUCUCUACUACAGGUUUCAGGGGCCAUAGUAGACCUCAUUGACCUGCUUGGUGCAUCCGUUAUGGUGCUGUUGGAGGAUGGCUGGGACUUUACUGCUCAAGUAACUAGCAUAGCUCAGCUGUGUCUUGACCCAUACUACCGAACAAUUGAAGGUUUUCGAGUUCUGGUAGAGAAGGAAUGGUUGGCAUUUGGUCACAGGUUCAACCACCGGUCGAAUCUCCUUCAGGGAUCUCAAGCAAGUGGGUUUGCUCCCAUCUUUCUACAGUUUCUUGAUGCUGUGCACCAGAUCCAACGACAGUUCCCUUUGUCUUUUGAAUUCAACGAGUACUACCUCCGCUUCUUGGCCUACCAUUAUGUUUCUGCACGUUUCCGCACUUUUUUGUGUGACUCGGAGGUAGAUAGAGCUGAGAUGGGUAUCAUGACAGAAGAAGACAAGAGAGGCUCACUCUCUCGGCACCACAAAGGCCUCGAAGCAAGCCAGGAUGAUGAUAUUUAUCCAGGAGGGGGUCGAUUAGGGUCUCCUGGGUCAUCAGGUCAUCUGGGACAAUCUGUAUUUGAUUAUAUAGAAAAACUCAGUGGACGCUCCACAGUCUUCCACAACUUUCUCUAUAUGGGUGAUAGAAUAAAUGACUCGGCGGUGCUACGACCAGUAAAAGAAGUGAGCGCUCUUCAGUUGUGGAGUUACCUACUCGGAGAGGAGCUACGUCAUGGACCAUCAUAUGACCCAGAAGUUCGGAGCUUAGACAGACAACAGGAAGAAGAAGCUGAGGCAGCAGAUGGCACAAUCACAACCUCUCCGCGUAAAAUUGUCAUGAGCGGGUACGACUGUGUAUGGGGAGUGGAACAAGAUGCAUUCUCUGCUCAGCUGGAGGAGCUCCGUCAUCUAGAGCUGGAACUGGGACACCUUCCCCAAAAAUGGAACAUACACUGGGACAAGUUGGAGCUGCCACCACCAGAGCAACUUACUCGUCAAGUUUCUAUGACAACACAGAUGGUACGCCACCAUGGCCGAAGUGUCCACAAGCGUAGCACGAUUGAGAUCCUGAUAAGAGGUAAAACGAGUGGCAGUACACCAGGCGGGGGUGGAGACACUCCGCAGGGUUGUUAUUCCCACCCGCACCGUUUUGAAAAGUACAAUUACACCACACCUUCCUACUGCGACCACUGUUCUUCUUUAUUGUGGGGUCCACUUAAGACUGGAAUGCGUUGUAUGGACUGCGGGUACAAUUGCCACGAGAAGUGCAUUGAGUCGGUGCCCAAGAACUGUACCAGAUUCAAGAGUGUAAGAGAGUCUGGGGUCAGCAUACAAACCAGCACAAAACCUACUAGCUUAGACACUACCUCUGUGGGAUCAGGUGUAACAUCUCUACAAACUACAUCCCACCAGUACUACGAACAAUUCUCCUCCAAUGUGGCAGAAAACCGGACACAUGAAGGAUAUUUGUGGAAGCGUGGUUCUCUUCUAAAAAAUUGGAAGCAACGGUGGUUUGUUCUAGACAGUGUUAAGCAUCAGCUGCGUUACUAUGAUAGUAUGGAAGAUUCGCACUUUAAGGGAAUCAUUGAGCUUUCUGAUGUUGUUGCUGUGAUACCAUCUGUACCAACACAAGGGGCACCAAAGAAGGUUGAUGACAGAGCCUUUUUUGAUUUACAAACAAAACGUCGUUUGUAUAAUUUCUGCGCCUCAGAUGGGCAAGCUGCACAGGAGUGGAUUGAGAAGAUACAGUCAUGCUUACAGUAACAUGGACUGAGACGGCUGUACGUGGUAUGUAGUGUAGCUGACUUUACGUUCAGAUGAUAGCUGUGUCUAAUGUAAUUUGCUGAUAUCUUCCAGAAAAAUUGGUUGAGUCUGGUUCCUAUCCAGUAUUAUUAUGGUGUUUUAAGGCAAUUUGUUUUUCAAGUUCUUUUAUUGUAGUCAUUUUCUACUAUCAUGUUCAAAGUUCUCAUAAUUAUAGCAAUAAUAUUCAUUAGUAAAGAGCCUCCAUAUAAUUGAAGUUUACAAAUAAUUUUGCCAAGUAGUUAUGUGUUAAAUAAGUGGACUCAUAUAUCACUAUAUGUAGUAGAUUUAUUUUCUGUCUGAGCUUAGAUAUUUAGGGGACCAAAACAUUCAAGUAACAGAAUAUUCUUUGCAAACAUUACUCUUCAUGUUGAACAUUUAUCUGAAUGAGAAGUCUGGUAUCAUGAGUAUCAACCAGAUUCCUGUGUUUGCUUGUAAUUUUUUGGGGGAACAGACUGUCUUUUUCAUUUUUCCACAGGAAAUUUGCAUUAAGACUCUUUAGGUCAAUGGAAGAAAGUUUAAAUAUACAGUAGUUGGAAUAUAUGAGGAGAACAUCAGGUUAUUGUAGAGUGCAUUUGAUUGCCUGAAUUUUUGUUUGUAGUUCUGCCAAUGUUUUUAGUUGAAUCAUAAAUAAUUUGUGGAACACUAACUUUUAUAAAGUAUUUUUAUUUUUGCUCAUCAAAAGAGAAUUGAUUAGUAUGCUUGCUGGUGCUUUUGUUCACAACCUUUCCUCUGUACAGUAUUUGUUUUCACCAAAACCUUUCAUGCAUGUUUUACCUUCCAUAUUAAGCAAAACUUUCAGGAAAUAAGUAAAUAUGUAAUAUUUUUCCAUACCACUUAUAAUACUCCCAUAAAACAUUUUUAUUUAUAAACCGCUCUUGGUUAAUAUAUAAUUUUCUCAUUGCAUCUGGGUCAUCCAUGGGAUAUAAAACUUCAUUAUGAUGUCUCAUUCAGUAAGGACCUCUGACUGAAUUACUCGCUUAUAAUUAACUGGACUAUAGAAAGAGUUAAAACAGUGAAUCAGUUUCCUAACAGCUAUAGUCAUUUGAGAUAUUGGCUUAGUUGCUGUAGUUACUGCUUUAUUAGGUCCUUAGGAAAAACUGAUCCCUUAAUUGGUAUUUUGUACUGAGGAAUUUCCUUUCGUGUUGCUUUCUUGCACUUCUCUUCCUGGUGAUCAGCUCCUUCAGUGAGGUUAAUAUUCCCUUUAACCCACUCCACACAAAAGUGGACGAACAAUUUAGAUAAUGGAUAGAUAGAAUUUCCUUAAUUUUUAGUUUUAUUAUUUAAUGUGAAGUUGUGCAUGUAUUUUCAUUCCAUUUUCUAGGCUACUCUGAAGAGCAAGUGUUUUACCUGAACUGAAGUUAUUCAGUGGAAAGUUUCAGUUUCUGAAAGUUAACUUUUACCUUUCUUUUCACCAGUAUUUGAUGUAUAUUUUCCACGUAUGUGAGAUUUCAACAAAUUCAAAGCCUUAACAAACAUUGAUUGUAUUAAUGAUGGCUAUAAUUAGAUAAUAUUUGGUUGCACUGUGAACACUCCUGGAUAAGAAACCACCAACCAAAGCACAAAUUAUAGUGUUUGGUUUUAUUGCCUUUAUGAUGUACAGUAUACUGUAUGAUUUUAGGAUGCAUGUCAAUAGAAAGUCAUCUAAUUUUCAAGCAGUUUCAUCUACCUUUCCGUUUCUCAAAAAAUCCUGUUUAAACAAAUAGCGCUUGGGUUUAUCAUAGAAAAGCAUGAAUACCUGUACUGCUAUUUUUGUUAUAGUUAAAGAAUGGCUAUUAUCCAGCCCCAUACAAUUUUUUAUUACUGUACAGUAUUCUUUUUAUGUUCCAUGAACUCCUGCUUGGACACAACCCCUAAACCCCUGCCUUUUAUGCUACUCCUUUGUAGCCUCCUACUUCAAAAUUUAUUGAGAAAGCUAGAAGUCACCUAGUGAUAACCACGGAUAGCUUUUGGCAUGUGAUACCUGUACUCCAGAUUAAUAGUGAUGUGGAAUGACUAGUGCAGUGUUAGCCUUUUUUUUUACCUCUAUCAAUUUUUGUAGAUAAUCUGUUUACCUAAUGUUCACCCAUUUGUACCUUCAUUGAACUGAUGAUGUAUUGUCCACUCUUGGUUUCCUGUAAUUCAUAUAUUUAUGUGGUGGAUCUCAUUAUUUUGAUCAGCAUUUGUUAAGCUAAUGUAAAAAUGACACCAUAAUUAAUUUUGAACUAUACAAUAACUAAGGCGUCAUAUCUCCAACCGGCAGGGUUUUGUUUGUUCCUAGUAAAUGUGAAUUCUAGUUUCUCUUAAACAUGUAUUGGUAUAUUGUAUUGAAAGAUUUGUAAUCAUAUUGAGCUAAAUUUUUGUGUGAUACAAAGCAUCAUAAAAUUUCAUGAUUAUGUUUUAGACUAUUCAGAUCAGUAGUUCUUUAUUGUUUUUCAUGUAUAUUUUGAAUUUGAAACAAAUUCUGUAAGCAGCCAAAUUGAUAUUGUGAGUGGGCUACAAGGGAGGGUGUACCAGCAGAGAGAAAGGGAAUAGCGAAGUUAGGAUGUUUCAUAUGAUCCUUCAGUCAUCACACCAGCUUAAUCUGUUGUCAGCAUUCCCUCUCACAGAUGCUUAUGCUCAUUCUAGAAGGUAAGCUUUGAUCAAUAUACAAUAUGAAGUAUUUAUAGGUGUUAUGGUUGCUUCUCUUUUUAGAUAACCUAGAAAAUCUUGGUAAAAAUACAUUUGUUUUACAAAAAAAUUACUUUUGCUUGAAAAAUUCUGAAUUUACUUCACAUAAUUCUUUUAUUGAUUUGCCACCAUUGUUCUUCAUAAGAUUUAAUAAAUUAUACAAGUAAGAGUUAUAAGAACACAAAACCUAACUCUGCUUAUAUUGUUGAUCAUUUAAGACAAAUUCAUUCUACACGACAUUAGUCAAGAGUUGAAAAGUUAAUAAUUCAGUUUAUAUUUCAUAGUACUGUAUAGUAUCUGUGAGUGUUGACACUUAUUUCUGGAAUAUUGUCUUGUGUACACACACACUGAUUAUAGAUUUUAAAACAUACAGAUAAGCAAUGCCAAUGAUGAUUGAUACGAUGAUUCCUCCUGCCAGGAUUUCUUGGCCUUUUUUUUUUUAUCGGGUUAAUGAGCAUCACUUAACCCCCAUUUGGGUGACUCCUGUCCACCUAAGUCCAUUAGUAUGGAUAAUAUGCCUUGAUUUUUUUUUGUUUGGGGGAUUUAAAGAGAAAAUCUGGACUAAGAAAGAAUAGGUCAUGUUAGUAAUAAUAGUGUUGUUGGAUCCUUGCUCAUGAUAGAUACUUGUGGCACAUUUUGUAUAGAAAAAUAUUAUCGACUUCUUGUAAAUUAUAUUACUGUGCAUCUCUAGCUGUUUCUCAACUGUCAUGUACAAAUAAAUUUUUUGAAUUGUGAUGUAAUGGCUUAAUCCAUUGUAAGUGAUAUUUUUGAACAGGCUCACUCAACUUUGGCUCAUAGAUGAAAAAAAGUAAAGUUGAUAAGUUACUUAGGGCUUAUAAGUAUGAGCUUGUCUCUGAAAUGAAAGCUGACCUGAAGUGAGUUGUUGUAACUGUAUUUUGGUCCCUGUUCAACCUUAUAGAGGAAGCAAUGAACUUCUUUACUGUAUAUAAUGAUGGUCUUAUUCAGUACACCCAUUAUUUAUUGGUGUGAAGUACUAACGAGCUUCACAUUUAGCUUGAAAUUCAAUUAUUUUUAUUGCCUUGACAUCAUCACUUUGGGUCAGCUUUUACAACAUUUGUACAGUACCAAUUACGUAUAUGAAUCUUAUCCCUCAAAUAGAAUCUUUGCUGGUGAUACUAGUUAUUUUGAAUACUCAUAAAAUCUAGUAAUGUGAAAGACAAUUGAAAUGUUAAAGAAUUUACAAGUAUGGAGGACUCCAAGAGUUUCCCUAUGCUAGUCAUGGUAUGUUAGAUUGCUUUAUACUUAUUGUUUCCUGGACUCAAUUGUAGCUUAAAUUAGCAAUUUAUUGUCAUUAUCGUCACAGAUUUUCACUUAUUUUAUGUUUAAUAGGUCCCGGUACUGCCACCUGGAAGCUAAGUGUAUACCCCUGUAGCCUUUCAACCAUAUACAGGAGCUGCACUCACCUCUAUAUUUGUGCCAGUGAUAAUCCCCUUAAAUAUCAUUUCAAACAUCUCAUGAUAUUCAUCCAUUGACUGUAGUAGAACAAUUAUUGAUUUGUUGUAUAAUGAGUGGACACAUUACAGUGAAUGGAAAGAAAAUCAAGAUACAGCUAUUUAAGAUUGAGGGCAUAAUAUGACUUUAGUGUGGCUGCUGGAUAUGGUGUUUUAUUUCCUGAAUAUGUGAACUUUCUGUGAAAGAUUUGAAUGUGUUUUCCACUAAUAGUUUUUGUGAAUUUUGUUUUUUAUACAACACAUGGUUUAAUAUUAUUUUUAUACUUUUCAUAGUUGCAAGAGGCAGCAGAAACACCACUUUAAUAGGACUGUUUAUUCUGUGUUGGCACUAUGACUAUUUGUGUCUAUGCUGUUUACAAACAAUUUCCAGAUCUAUCACUUUCUUGUUUAUUGUCUGUUGUACAGAAAUAGCGAUUGUUGAACUUUCCUAAGUGAAAAAGUUGUUUCUGGUCACUGUGGGACAUUGAGGAUGCUCGUGUAUAUAGACUGUACCCCCAGAUGUUUUCCUCUUGAUCAGUGUGACAGGCAGUGAAAGUUGGCAUAGUAAGGCAAAGCCAACAUUAUGGACCAUGUUCUUGAUCCACUGUUGAUAUAUUUUUGUUGUUAAAUUGGGGUUGCUGUUCGUGUGUGAUCACAGAGUCCAGUCUGGCUGCACCAUGUAUUGCUUAUGAUAUCCCACCAACCUUUGUAUAUUCUGUUAGAAUUUCAAUGUACAGUAUGUGUAUGUGGAAUUUUUAAGAUCAGUUAUCAAUAUUCCUGAUGCAUUGAUUUUAAAAAUGCUCGAUUUUAUUAAUGAAACUUUGAUAUAUGUUUCAGUUAAGCAUAAGGCAUCCAGGCUAUUUUGUUAAACAGAGAUCCACAAAACAUUGAUUUGUAAACCUUAGUCCCAUAUGUGGUGGUUUACUGCCAAAGAAAGAACAUUCAAGGUAAAAUAAUAUGAGCAUUUGCUGGAUUUGUGUAAAGGCUCUGGAGGGAAGACCUAGUAAUAAAUUUUUUCUUCCUCUAAAUCUUGUAAGCCAUUUACAGUACUGCUAUAAGAGUGUGGGUUCAAACAACAAUAUAAUGGUAAAGGGUAUGCAAUUGUGAAACAAAUUACAGUGUUCACUUUCCCUUCAGAAUCCUGAUAGGAUCCAGGUAAAUAUUCUUAUUUUAAUGAAUUUGGUGUUCUUUCUUAGUAAGACACUCGACACAUCAUGAAGAUAUCAUUUGCAGAUUUAUGUGUUCUGACUUAUACAAAUUUUGAAGAUAAUUUUGGCACAUUUUUCCCAAAUUCUCUUUCAGAAUGUAAAUUUCGGCCUGUAUCCUCCCACCUGGGACUCUCGACCAACGAAUACUCGCUAGUGCUCUCUGUUUUAUUGCCUCAAGUUUAACAAAAAAUAAUAAUUUUUUUUGUAUUACACAAUGAUUACAAUCCCCUUUGUUUCCUUUUGAUGUGAUGAGACAGAAGCUUUAAGCUGCUCUGCAAUUUGAAGGCUCAGAUGAAGAUAGAAAAUGGGUUUUGAUCAAGUUAUUACUGCUAUGUACUGUAUCCACAGUGAUGAGCCAAUAGACAGAGGUUUUUCGGCUAAACUUUUGUUAGCAUAUCACUUGGUGAACAUACCAUUGCAUAGUAAGUUGUGAAUAAUUUGAUCGAAUCAUGUUUUUUUGAAGCUAUAGAGUUCUUCAGAAUGACGAGAAACAAAUCCAGAAAGUCAAAUGUGAGUCUGGUUUCUGUAAUUGUCAGUAAUGUAAUGUUGAAAUUAUGCUGUUUUUAAAACCGAGUAGAUUUCAUCAGUUUUCCUUACACUUGUAUAACUUUUAUUUUGAAACUUCUUGAUAAGGUUCAGUGUUAUAAAAGGAGAUCUUUUUAAAUUUGAAUUAUUUAUUUUUUACUUGGUUGAAAUUUACAGCUUAUAUUUCUGUAUAGCUAACAGUAUCUAAACUGACCACCUGUAAAAAUGUGUUGGAAGAAAGUUAUUAGAAUUGAAAUUUCAGUCAUAAAAAAAUAAGAUUUUAAGUUUUUAUCAAAGAAUUGUUUUCAAAUGGUCAUGUUGGAUGUUGUCAGUAAUACUUGUGUGGAAGUCCUUUUGAGACCCUAACCUGCUGCUUGCUAGAGUUCUUGUGUAUGUAAGUGAAUAUUUGUGUGACUGAAGUGUGAACAUGAAUGUUAGUGUGUGUAUGCUCACAGAUGUACAUACAAUGUUGAUGUAUAUGCAUUUAUAUUGUUACAAAUAAAGCAAAGAUAUGGAA